UUAUUCUUUAUAUACUUUUUCAUUAUUUUUUUGUUUUUAAUUUUUUCCACUUAAAAGCAAAAGCAAAAUGUCUUCACUUAUAUUUACUUCAGAUCGGUCGGGAUCUUUUUCCACUAUCGUUAGCCGAAAUCAAUCGAGAAGUGUUAUUUAUGCUUCAAAGCAAUCAAAAAUCGUGAUAGAAGCAAUUUUAUUCAAAAUCAAUUUCGCUGUCUACAAAGAUCUUAUCACUUACAAUCAAAAACUGCAGCACUUACAAGAGUUUGACAGCCUGGAAUUAUACUAUACUUUGGAAAAGAUUAAUUAUUCUAUUACAACAUUAAAAGUUGAAAAUUAUAUGUUACAUUAUUUCCUCGAAAAAAAUGAUGCAAAACUGUUAUUAGGUUACGAUGAAGUGCAUAAUAUGGUCACGCACUAUACACUUAGAGGAGCAGUAGGGUCUCCGGUAUCGGAUAGGCGCAGUUGGGAUGACGUAUCUAUGACUCGUUCGAUUUACAGUUCUAUGAAAAAACCUGGUGUAGAAUAUCAUUUAACACUUCGCACUAGAACUGAAUUAGCAGAAAAGAUAUGUAACGAGGUGGAACAACAAAUAAGCAGUAUGCGUAAUAUAGCGUUUCGUGAAAUACGGAAAUUAAAUGCGUGGAUUGAUGAACUGGAUAUUACUUACGGUGAACUGGAAGAAUCAAGAGAAAAUUUGAGAAAACAUUUGUUGUCUGUCAAUCCAAAUUUGAAAGGGUAUGAAAGACAAAUAGAAUUAAUCCACUUGUUUAAGUAUUUUUGUAAAAAUUGGUCUAGCAGAGCAACAAAUCUUAUCUUAGAAAUACGCUUAAACAUGACUAAAGUUGCGCAGGCCUGCUUUGAAAUGCGCUACGACAUACUUAAUAAAGCUCCAGUUAACGUCGCCUCCACUCAUGUCGAUUUUCAAUUAUUGUCCAUUAGUAGGCAUGAUCUCACAGGUUCGCUAUAUAAACAAAUUGACGUCAAUUAUAAUUUAAAGUUCGUUACUGGCAAUGUAAAUCGAGCUAUGAAUUUGGCGAGACAAAAUCUGUUGGCCACAAAGCAUCAAUCAAUAAUGCGAACCACUAAAAUUAUAGAAGAAGAACGCGGUAACGCGAAACUAAAACAAGAAUUAAAUAGAGAAAUAAGAGUUUUUAAGAAAGAUGUUGAAUAUAUAAAUCAAUUGAAGAAGCAUUUACAACGUUUUCAAGCCCCGAGUGUGGCUGAAUAUGCAGAGUUAAAGCAUGAACUAAAUCAGGCCGACAGAGAAGAGAAAAUGUAUAUACGUAAACUUAGCACAGAUAUGAUGAGAUUAAGAUAUUUGGAGAAGAAACUAAAAGAAAAAAUCUAAAUUGUUAAAAAAAAUAAAUAAAUAAUAAAAUGUGAUAAAUUUAAUAAUUACAGGAAAAUGGAUUUCUGUUCUUAUAGACAUUAUAUACCUUAUAAUUAAUUGUACUGGAUGAAAAUUGAUAGAUACCAAUGAAAACCAGCUUCGCAAAACACGCAAGUUAUUUAGGAUUGAAAGUGAGUUCAUCAGGAUACCAAAUAGUUUGAGACAUGUGUCUAUUCUAAGGGGCUUAUGUAAAGAUCCCUUUAUUUCACACCUGAAAACCUCUUUGACGCUUUAAUAAAACAGGCAAUGUCUUCAGGCCUAUAGUAGUAUUAUUUGACUGAUUUACUCACCUAAGAGCAAGUGUUGUAAAGUAACAAAAUACAUCAUUUAUAUAUUUUCCCUCAAAGUUACACAUUAUACCUCUGUACUAUUAGCUGUCAAUCACGGUCACCCAUACACUCCAAUACACGAAGCCAGUAUCUACGAAAUAUAAGUGCUAGUACAGUACAACGAAAAUAGCUGGCACCUAGGUCCUGUAUCUCAGUCCAGAAUCUCCAUCGUCUUUUAUAAUAGACAAGCCUUACAUACAAAGAGGGUGUCAAACACGGCCUGGUGAAAUAAGGACGUGCAGUUUAAGAUCAGCACUAAAAAAUACUAAAAUAUGUAUACUAAAAUAAAUAGAGUAUGCGUCGCUGGUAGAGCAUCUCUGUAUCGAAAACUUUAACGUCUUUGAUAAUUAUUAUUUGUUAUAAUUUAAGAUAACUGUAUAUAAUAAAAAAGCAACUACAAAUACAAUCAUUGAACAAAAGAAGUUGUGCAAUCUAUAAUCAUGACCUAGCUUAUACUAGUAUGCUAUUCUACAUAGUGUAUGAAAACAGAUACCUUGAAAUCUGUAAACUCUAUUGAUCGAGGACGUAUUAUAAAGAAUCCAC